AUGACCCUGCGGUGCCUCGAGCGCUCCGGGAAUGGCGCUGAAGGGAUGCAGAGCCAGUGGGGGGAUGCGGGGUCGGCUGAGGAGCUGUCCCCCCAGGCGGCACAGCUGGCUAAGGCCCUGGAGCUCAGUCAAACAGGAUGGUACUGGGGAGGUAUGACUGUUAAUGAAGCCAAAGAGAAAUUAAAAGAGGCACCCGAAGGAACUUUCUUGAUUAGAGAUAGUUCGCAUUCAGACUACCUACUAAUGGUCUCUGUUAAAACAUCAGCUGGACCAACAAAUCUGCGGAUCAAGUAUCGGGAUGGGAAAUUCAGGUUGGAUUCCAUCAUCUGCAUCAAGUCCAAGCUUAAACAGUUUGACAGUGUGGUUCGUCUGAUGGACUACUAUGUGCAGAUGUGCAAAGAUAAGCGGAAAGGCCCAGAAGCCCCUGGGAAUGGCACUGUCCACCGUUACCUGACCAAACCUCUCUACACAUCAGCCCCACCUCUGCAGCAUCUCUGUAGACUCACCAUUAACAAAUGCACCCAUACCAUCUGGGGACUAUGGUUACCAACAAGACUUAAAGAUUACUUGGAAGAACAUAAAUUCCAGGUGUGUUUCUCUUUUUCUAAACACACCUCAUAUAGAGUAUCUCCAAAUGCAGCUAUGUUCAAGAGGACCAAAACUUGA